AUGGUAUUUGGUCCCGAAGUGGGCAUGGGAUGCGGCAUUCAGGGGGCAGGGCAAAUCUCAGGCCUCGGGAGAAAUAACGAGGCCCUAUAUGAGAGUAUAGCUGUAGAGAAGCUGUGUUGGCGCUGGCUGUGGAGCACGCACGGACACAGCCUUGCUGUGUGCCCAGCUCCGCGCUGUCCAUGCCAGCCGGACUGCCGCCAGCAAUGUGAGACAUGUGGCGAAGAGGAGGCCAAGUACCGGUGUCCACAGUGCAUGAAGUAUUCGUGCAGCCUGCUGUGCGUGAAGAAGCACAAGCUUGCCCUGAGCUGUAACGGAGUCAGAGACAAAACUGCAUUUGUCUCCAUGACUGAAUUUACUGACUUGAACCUUCUGAGUGAUUAUCGGUUCCUGGAAGAUGUGGGAAGAGCGGCUGAUGCUGCUGCUCGAGAUCUGUCUGUGCAUCGGCCAACAACAAAUAAAUUUAUCAAUUACUUGAGAAACAGAGCUCGAAGGCAUAAUAUCAAUCUGAAGACGCUGCCCAUUGGAUUCACAAAAAGAAGAGAAAAUUCAACUAUCUUCAAUAAGAAGGAGCAGAAGUUCUACUGGCAUUUGAAGCUUGUAUUUCCUCACUGUCAUGCUGAAUACACUUUAAAAAGAGUGCCAGAGGAUAAAACGCUCACUGAUAUCCUGAAGCCCUACAUUGAUCCAGUGGAAUCAGAUCCCGUAGUUUGUCAGAGAUUAAAGAUAUAUACAAUGUCUCCUCAGUCAGAUGUACAAAUUUUAAUGAAAAUAGAGAACAGGGAGCAAAACUCCACCAGGUACAAUGAACUGGAUGCCAGUAGAAGCCUCCUAGAAAAUUUGAAAAACAAAGUAAUAAUUGAGUAUCCAACGUUAUUUGUGGUCUUGAAAAAAUUGAAGAAUGACAUGGUGGUUCUUGGCCAAGAGGCCAGUGAAUCUGCAGAGAACUCGAGCAGUGGAAGUUCAUCCCUUUCUUCUGAGGAAGAAGGAGAAAUUCGGGAGAGUUCAUGAUGGUUCUAUGAGAGAAGAGGGUGGGAUGAGCCUUUUAUAUUUCCUUAUUUAAUUAAAUCUUUUUUUUUGCACAACUGAUUUCUCUGAGGUUCAGUUUGGUUUGCUUCACUUAAGGCAGCACUUCCAAACUGCCUCCCUGACUUUGGAUUUAGUAUGCAUAUUUAGGUAUGUAAAUAAAGAGAUUGAGAGCGGCUGGUUCCAGAAAAAUCUGCUGAUUUUACUGCGUAGCACCCUUUGUCCAUGUAUCUCUGUUGAAUCAGUAGCCCAAAUGUAAAGUUUCCAAGUUGGUUUCAACAAUAUGUAUUUUUUCCUUUUAUCAUAACACCUCAAUGUCAGUUUUCUAAAAGUGUAAAUACCGCAUAUUUGUGUUUAUCUGUGGAUUUGAUCACAGUACUUCAACUUACUGAUAAAAUCUCAUGUUUCAGUGGA